CUGAGAACAAAUCGUAAAAUCGAAAAUAUAUUUACUUAGCUAGAGGGUACCGUGAUAUAAUUUGAAUCACUAUAUAUAGAGUAGAUUUACUGACUGUGGCCAGUGUCUGUCGUCUUGUGCUGAAGGGAAGAUGAAGGGUAUUAUUCUGUUUACACUUUUGACCACCUGGUCAAAUGUAGAUUGCAAGUCUUGCUCAUAUUCUCCAUCGCAGUGGUGUACCUCUUUGGACUCAGCCAUCGAAUGUGGGGUUCUGAAGCAGUGCCUGGAAACCAAUGCCACCAAGGCCAACACGCUGGAGCAGUCAGUUCAGGUGGAGCUGUAUUAUGAGUCUCUGUGCCCAGCAUGCCGCUCCUUCCUCACCUCACAGCUCUUACCCACAUGGACCAUGCUGCAGGACGCCAUGAGUGUCACGCUGGUGCCCUAUGGAAAUGCAGGAGAAUCUUUUGAUGGGAAGAAGUAUCAAUUCACCUGUCAGCACGGUGAAGAAGAGUGUCUUGGAAACAUGAUCGAGACCUGCAUAUUGAAUGUUACAGGAAGUAAUGCGUUCCAGAUAAUCUACUGCAUGGAGGCCUCCACUGAUGUGGUUAAAGCAGGCGAGAAGUGUGUGGAGCUCUAUGACCCAAACACCAAGUGGGAGAGCAUCAUGACCUGUGUGAAGGGAGACCAGGGGAAUCAGCUAAUGCAUCAGAACGCAGUGAAGACUGGUGCCCUGAAGCCAACCCACAACUAUGUGCCUUGGAUUGUCAUCAAUGGGGAGCACACAGAAGAACUUCAGGACAAAGCAAUGUCUUCACUCUUCACUCUGAUCUGCAGCAUGUACAAGGGGUCCAAGCCUGAAGCCUGUAGUACGGCUCUGAUGAAACGACAUAGAAGUUACAGUUACCAUGACGAGUAAAUCAUCUACGUCUCAACACUGCACUAUACUGCCAUGUGCCUCUGUGUUUGAUUGCUAAAUAUGGAUGGUAAAUGCUCACUUAAAAAUGUGUGGUAUCAAUCAUGUUUUAACGCUAUCAAUGCUUUAAAAAAAUCUGGUUUAACUAUCAAUAUUACACAAUUAUUCAAAAAUCAAGAAAAUGGACGUCAUGUACUGUUUCAUUGCUCAAUGAAUGAGCCUUUGUGGAAUGAGCUGUGUGGAAUGAGCUGUGUGGAAUGAGCUGUGUGGAAUGAGCUGUGUGAAAUGAGCUGUGUGGAAUGAGCUGUGUGGAAUGAGCUGUGUGAAAUAAGGCUCUCUGAUAGCAAUCAAUUUUUUAUAAAGUGAUGAAGUUUCACUAGCCUUUGUAAAUGAAUAAUAAUAAUGAAUACGAAAUUAAAGUAAACUACUUUAAAAGGA